UGAUGGUUUCAGUAAAGAAUUGACUAUUGGAUAGCGUGCCUCGAGAUACGGCAGGCAAGAGAAGAACGAACGAGAGAGGGAAAGGGGAAAAAGGAAAAAGAAGAGAAAAUAAGAAUGCCGAUCGUUUUCGUUUUUUUCUGUUAACUUCAAGUGUCGUCAAGAUUUUGUGAGAUUGUGCGACAACAAUAAUGGAUAAGGACACGAGCGACAUGAAGAAAAAUCCCAGGGAAACCGCAAAUAUCUUCAGUGUUCUAUUCUUCUGGUGGAUGCGAGAAUUAUUUAUGACAGGCUCCAAACGUGAUUUGGAGGAAUCUGAUAUUUAUCGACCAAUUAAAGCAGACGUAUCCGAAAAACUAACCGAUCAUCUCGAGAAAUACUGGAAUCGCGAGCUCAAUAAACUGAAGAAUCUGGAAUACACCGUGGGCAAAGACGGGCAGAAGGUGCCGCUAAAGAAAGACGCUCGUCCGAGAUUAUACAAAGCAAUCUGCAAAGCCUUUUGGUUACCAUAUAUCAUAAUUGGAAUCUGCACAUUUAUACAAUGCGGCGUAAUACGCGUGAUAGUGCCGAUCCUUCAAGGUUGGAUUAUCGACUACUUCGCCAGAGAUUCCACCUCAAAAUAUAAGAUAAAGAUGAACGAGGUGAUGAUCUACGUCGCCCUUAUGGUCCUUUGCAGUGUCAUCUCCGUUAUGUUGAUGCACCAUACGAUAAUGCUGUCGCUGCAGAUCGGCAUGAGGAUACGCGUCUCCUGCAGCUCCCUCCUCUAUCGGAAGUUAUUACGAUUGAACAGAGCAUCCAUGAACCAAACAGGUACAGGACAAAUCAUGAAUCUUCUCAGCAAUGACGUCACUCGCUUCGAUCAAUUAACUUCAUUCCUGAAUUACAUAUGGAUCAUGCCUAUUCAGGUAAUUUUUUUAUCUCGGAGAAUUUUAAACAGAUUUUCGAAGGACAUGGGCACGAUGGACGAGUUGUUGCCUAAAUCGAUGUUAGAGGCACUCCAAGUGUGUUGCGUGGUGCUGGGUAUAAUGGUCAUGGAAGCGAUAAUUAAUCAAUGGAUGCUGAUACUGAUAGUGAUAUUAGCUGUUAUAUUUUUCUUCGCGACGAAGUUCUAUUUGAAGACUGCUCAGGAUGUCAAACGUCUCGAAGGCGUAACAAAAAGCCCAUUAUUCUCGCACGUGAAUGCCACGCUGAAUGGCCUUCCGACGAUCAGAAGCAGCGGUGCCGGAAUUGAGAAGAUGAUGCGAAAACAGUUCGACGUUUUGCAAGAUCGUCAUACCGGCACAUGGUACCUCUUCUUAACAUGCUCAUCAACCUUUGGUGUCUUUUCGGAUCUAAUCAUGUGUUUGUUCCUCGCUUGCCUUUGUUACUCUCUAAUAGCGAUGAAUGAGAAUGGCGACGUGGUCGACAGCAAGGCAGGUCUGGCGAUAUCGCAAUCGUUGAUCCUGAUCGGUUGCCUGCAAUACGGCAUAAAACAGUCCACUGAGACGAUGUCGUUGAUGACCUCCGUGGAAAGGAUUCUCCAGUAUACGAAUCUUCCAAAGGAAGAACUUAUUACCUCGAACAAUCCACCGCCGCCCACGUGGCCGUCCCAAGGAGAAUUGAUAUUAAAGAAUGUCAACAUGAGGUAUCACAAAGAUGAUCAACCGGUUUUGAAGAAUCUGAACGUUUCCAUCGAGCCUGGCUGGAAAGUUGGCGUGGUGGGACGAACUGGCGCCGGUAAGUCUUCCUUGAUUUCGGCGCUCUUUCGCCUGUUCAACGAAGGUUUGGAGGGCGAGAUCAAGCUCGACGGUCGGGACACAAGCACGGUGGGCCUGAGCGAGUUGCGCUGCAAGAUCUCCAUUAUACCGCAGGAACCGGUACUGUUUUCCGAGAGUUUGCGUUACAAUCUAGAUCCGUUCAGUCAGUAUGACGACAUGAAGCUGUGGGAGGUGCUGCGGCAGGUUGAACUGAAUGACGUCGCGCUGGAUCACAAUAUUUUGUACGGUGGUCACAACUUCAGCGUUGGCCAGAGGCAACUGAUAUGCCUGGCCAGGGCCAUUCUGAGGAAUAAUCGUUUGCUCGUUCUCGAUGAGGCCACGGCCAACAUUGAUUCGCACACCGAUGCUUUAAUUCAGGAUACAAUAAGAACCAAUUUUAAAGAAUGCACCGUCAUCACGAUAGCACAUCGUUUGAAUACCAUUAUAGACAGUGAUCGUAUCAUCGUGAUGGAGAACGGAUCCAUCGUGGAAUUCGGUUGUCCGUACGAAUUGUUACACGACAAACCAAACGGCUACUUUUCACAAAUGGUGGAAAAAACGGGCAAUCAGAUGGCGCGAAGUCUUUUGGAACAGGCGAAGAAGGCUUGCGAGAAGAAUAAUGAUCAUCGCGAAUUGAACUUGUCGACGCAAAAUACCGAGAACGAGAGCGACGCAGUGGUCACAGAACAGUCCGCUUUAUAGAUUCUUUUACCAAAAAGAUCUAUACAAAAAAUAUAUAUA